AUGGCUGCACAAAUCUCAAAAAAAAGAAAAUUCGUUGCUGAUGGUGUCUUCUUUGCUGAGCUCAACGAAUUCUUUACCCGUGAACUAGCCGAAGAGGGUUAUUCAGGUGUCGAAGUCCGCGUAACCCCAGCCCGCACAGAGAUCAUCAUUCGUGCGACCCAUACUCAAGAAGUCCUUGGUGAAAAGGGUCGCAGAAUUCGAGAACUUACCGCCCUCAUUCAAAAACGAUUUAAAUUUCCAGAGAAUACUGUAGAAUUGUAUGCUGAGAAGGUACAAAAUCGUGGACUCUGUGCUAUUGCCCAAUGCGAAUCUCUUCGAUACAAGCUGUUAGCAGGGCUUGCUGUACGAAGAGCUUGCUACGGUGUUCUCCGUUUCAUCAUGGAGUCCGGUGCCAAGGGUUGUGAAGUGGUUGUUUCUGGAAAACUUCGAGCAGCCCGUGCAAAAUCAAUGAAAUUUGUUGAUGGAUUUAUGAUUCAUUCUGGCCAGCCAAUUAGAGAUUAUGUUGAUACUGCUGUCCGGCACGUAAUGUUGAGACAAGGAGUGUUAGGUAUCAAAGUCAAAAUCAUGUUGGACUGGGAUCCUUCUGGUAAAAUUGGCCCCAAGAAGUCACUUCCAGAUGUGGUUAACAUCAUGGAACCUAAGGAAGAACCACUCAUAACACAACCGACUUCUGAGGACUUUCAAAGACCGGCUCAAGAUAUCCCAGCUACAACCACGUCUCCAAUUCCGCAGCAGGAUAUUAGUACAGAUUACCCAGCAGAAUAUACGGAAUCUACCUACUAA